UCUCUCUCUGUCUCUCUCCUUACACCAGUUUAUAAGUAAAGAACAAAAGAGUUCUCAAAAAGUUCAGGCUUCUUGUUUCGCUUUCCUUGUUUUAGCUGAAGAGUGAGUUAUUGAGAGAGAGAGAAAUGAUGAGAGGUGUUGAGAGAGUGAAGGAGGUUCUUAGACCCUUGGUUGAUUCCAGAGAUUGGGACUUUUGUGUUAUCUGGAAACUCGGUGAUGAUCCUUCUCGGUACACACACACACACUCUCACAUUGUCUUUCUUGUUCCUUGUUGUUCAUUUGGAUCUCAGCUAUUUAAUUGUUCCUUAUUCCGGUUAAUCCGUAGGUUUAUUGAGUGGGUGGGAUGCUGCUGUAGUGGUAGUAGUUACACUGAGAAGAACAUUAAGCAUGAAGAUGUGGAAGAAGAAGAAGAGAGACAAAAGAUGAGCUCUAUUUGCAGAGAUGAACACAACAAGCAUCAUAUAAGAAGCUUAGCUUGUGAAGCUCUUUCUCGUUUUCCUCUCUUCAUACCUCUCUAUCCCGGGAUUCAUGGAGAAGUAGUCAUGUCAAAAUCUCCCAAAUGGUUGGUUAAUUCAAGUCCAGGAUCAAAACAUGAUAUAUUCAGAACAAGGGUUCUUGUCCCUGUGCGUGAUGGUCUAGUUGAGCUUUUCUCCUUCACAAUGAAACCGGUUGAUGAAAGCAUGGUUGAUCUAAUCAUAUCACGUUGUAACGCCUUCUUUGAACCAUUCCCUGAACAAACACUCCCAUGUGGAGAACAAGCGCCGUGUUUGAUGAACAACAAGGAAGAGGAUGUGGUGAUGCAAGACAUGACAAAGGAAAACUUCAAAUCAAAGAAUCUUCAUUCAGAGAGAAAAAGAAGAGAGAGGAUUAAUCAGAGAAUCUAUGCUCUUAGAGCCAUAGUCCCUGUAAUUACAAAGAUGAAUAAAAAUGGAACUAUUAGUGAUGCGGUUGAUUACAUCAAUGAACUGCUAGUUGAGAAGCAGAAACUUGAAGAUGAGCUGAGUGGAAUCAACGAGGUGGAAUGCAGAGCGGAGGAAGAAGCUGUAAUAGCUAAUCCAGAAGCUGAGAAAGUUUCCUCUAAACUCAACAAGAAUGUGAACAACGAGGUGAAUCUUGAAGUCCACGAGACUGGUGAGGGAGAUUUCUUGAUUCGUGUAACGCAGGAGCAUAAACGAGAUGGAUUCAAGAGGUUGAUAGAAGCUGUAGAGUCUUGUGGACUUGAGAUCAUCAAUGUCAGUUUCACCAGACUCGAUCUCACAGUCAUGACCAUUCUCAAUGUCAAGGCGAAUAAAGACGGAAUUACACGUGAAGAUCUGAGAGAUUUGCUGUUCAGGAUGAUUAUAACUUCAGUUGCAGGGUCUGUAAAACACUGUACAUAACCAACCAAACAAAUGUUUUGUUUGCUUGAGCUACAAGUUACAGCUUAGGUCUGAUUCUCACAAGCUUUUUGGUGACAAGUUUAUAUGUUGACACUUGACACUAUAUCAAAAUGUGCAUCAACAUAACAAUCAGCUCCUUGUGAUGGAUUCUAAAUCCAUUUUGUUACAUAAGUUUA